AUGGGUAUCGUUGCUUCCAAGGGAGAUAGUAAUACUCCAUUGUUGAAUCUAUGUAAGGAGAGGAAGGAAUUGAUCAAAGCAGCUAGAGAUGCUCGUUAUCACUUAGCGAGAUCUCAUCUUCUUUACUUUAAAUCUCUUUUAGAUUUCAGCAAAGCUCUUAAACAGUUUCUUCAUAAGGAUUUGGUUGUGAUUCCGUAUUCCGAUGAUGAUUCGUCUAGUAGUGAUAUAAUUUGUUCUGGAUCAGAUUCAGACUCGGAUACGGAUUCUGAUUCAGAUUCUGAUUCUGAUUGUAUAGUCUGUGAUCAACCUCAAACAGCUCCGUUGAGCAAUAAUGACGAUCAGAGUCAGCGAAAACCCGUGGUUGGUGAUGGAACUUGCGGUGCAAGUAACAAUGGUCAAGAGGGUAUGGAGAAGUCAAGAGAAGGUUUAGGGUUUGAGGGGACACAGUUCGUUAGUGAUCCAAGUGAAGACGAGAUGAAAAGUUCGCAACACCCUUAUGAUAUACUCGGUUUCUACAAAUCCGUGUAUAACAUGCAGCAGUGCGAAAUUAUCGAACUGGAUCAUAGAGAUGAUGAGGUUGAGAGUGAUGGAUUUAGAGAAAUUAGGGAGAGAGAAGGGAUUCCUGAUUUGGAACCUGAAAGUGAUUAUAAUAGUCUGAUAAGGAAGAAUAAAAAGAAGAAUAAAAAGAAGAAGAAGAAGAAGAAUGUUAGAGAAAGCUCUUCUGUUGCAAGUGAAAUUGAUAAGCGAGAUGUUGAAGCGAAUACUUGUAAUGGUCAAGUUGCAGAUGAGACUGAUAAUUCUAAUGAAGCUUGUGCGCAAGAGACAGAAAACACUCCAGAGAUUGUUACGGAAGAAGUGACGAGAUCAGAUGAGGAAGUUGAAGUAGUGGCAAGAUCAGAUGAGGAAGUUUCUGAUGAAGCGUAUGAGUCUUCUUCUUCUUGUUUUUCGGAAUCUUCUGGUUCGGGUUUGACGGAUCUAAGGAAGGUAGUGGAAAGGAUCAAUAGUAUAUGCGGGAAAGCUGCGGGUAAUAGUGAAGUCUCUGAGUUGCUUGAAGUAAGCAGAGUUGUUUAUCAUCAACCUUUAGGAUCUCAAUUCAAGGGAUUUGCUUCAAGAGUAAUUGGUAGUUCCGGGACUACGACUCGUGAUUUGGUUUUAAAGCGCCGUUUUCGCUUAGAUGAUCUCGCUGUUUCACUCUCUAUGACAUUAGAGAAGCUUUAUAUGUGGGAAAAGAAGCUUCACGCAGAAGUUACAGCUGAAGAAAAGCUUAGGGUUGCUUAUGAAAAAGCGUACAAGAUUCUGAACAAUCUUGAUCAAAACGGAGCAGAAUCUAGUGAGCUUUACGAGGCGGAAACUUUGGUUAAACUCCAUUUAUCUAAGGUUAAUGUUUCGGUUCGAGCGGUUGAAUCGAUUUCGAUGAGAAUUCAUAAGAUAAGAGACGAAGAGCUUUCGUUUCAAGUGAUUGAGAUCAUUAACGGAUUCAAAACAAUGUGGAGAUUCUUGGCGAAAUGUCACCAUAAGCAGUUUCGAGUGAUUGCGAGAAGCAAGUCUUGUGUUCACAUUGUUGAAAACGGAUCGAGCUCCAGGAAAGCCACGCAGCAAGUCGAAAAACAGAUUAGAAGAUACAGAGAAUCUUUGAAAGGUUACAUUGAUGCACACAGAGGUUUCGUUAAGCUUUUAAACGAAUGGCUUAACCGAAUCAUCAUGGAGGACGAUGAAACCGAGACUGAAGCUCCUGAGAUAUUUAGGGUUUGCAGCGAGUGGUUAAGAGAGAUUGAGAAUGUGGAUACGAUUAAAGUGUUGAGUGUUGUUGAAGAAAUGAGAUUAAGAUUUCAAGGGUUAGGGUUUAAGCAAGUAGAGGAAGAGAAACAGAGGAUGAGAACAGAGAGAUUGUCUAAGGAGUUAGAGAAGAAGACGAAGGAGUUGGAGGAGAUUCGGGGAACGAGAGGUUCUAGUCCGACGUCGAAUAUGGUUGAACCGGAGUUGUUGUUUUUGAGAGAGAGUGUGACGCAAGAAACAGAAAAACAUGAGAGAUUGAUAAGAGAGUUAAACGACGCCGUAUCGAUGAGUUUGCAAGAGUGUAUGGUUCCUGUCUUUGAGGCUUUGGGAGAUUUUUGUUUUGCUAAUUUUAAAGCAUAUCAGAACAUUGUAAUCGUUACCACAUAA